UCGUCCAUUUUCCUCGAGACCGCACAUGGUGGCGCGCCGGUAGAAGACUGUCAGCUUCCCGUCUUUCUUUCCAGUCAGUUUGCGGUCACGAGAAAGCCCGUCCCGUCAAACGUGUUAAAUGCAAGAAACGGUGGACAUGGCGGACGACCCCGAGUACGAGGAGGAGGAGCCCUCCUUUAGCGACCCGGAGGACUUCGAAGAUGACGUCGACGACGAGGAGCUCCUGGGCGACAUUCUGAAGGAGAAACCCCAGGAGGCUGACGGCAUAGACUCCGUGGUGGUGGUGGACAACGUCCCGCAGGUUGGCCCGGAACGUUUGGAAAAGCUCAAGAACGUCAUCCACAAGAUCUUCUCUAAAUUUGGGAAAAUCACCACCGAGUUCUACCCGGAGACCGAUGGCAUGACCAAAGGUUACAUCUUUUUGGAGUACGCUUCGCCCAACCAGGCUCUGGAGGCGGUGAAAAACGCAGACGGCUACAAACUGGACAAACAGCAUACGUUUAGGGUCAACCUCUUCACCGACUUUGACAAGUACAUGAGCAUUAAUGAUGAGUGGGAAACUCCUGAGAAGCAGCCCUUUAAAGACUUUGGUAACAUGCGUCAUUGGAUCGAGGACGCUGACUGCCGCGACCAGUACAGUGUGAUCUAUGAAGCUGGUGAAAGGACCGCCAUUUUCGCCAACGACGCUAAGGAUCCGGUCGUCUCCGAAGAAAGAGCGCGCUGGACCGAGACAUACGUUCGCUGGUCCCCCAAAGGCACCUACCUGGCCACCUUCCACCAAAGGGGCAUCGCCUUGUGGGGCGGCGAAAAGUUCAAACAGAUUCAGAGGUUCAGCCAUCAGGGUGUGUCCCUCAUCGACUUCUCGCCCUGUGAGAGGUACGUCGUGACCUUCAGCCCGCUGAUGGACACCAAAGAGGACCCCCAGGCCAUCAUCAUCUGGGACAUUCUGACAGGCCAGAAGAAGAGAGGCUUUCACUGCGAGAGUGCCGCACACUGGCCCAUAUUCAAAUGGAGCCACGAUGGAAAGUUCUUUGCUAGGAUGACACCAGACACUCUGAGCAUCUAUGAGACUCCAUCUAUGGGCCUGCUCGACAAGAAGAGUCUUAAGAUCAGCGGAAUCAAGGACUUUUCGUGGUCUCCGGGCGACAACAUCAUCGCUUUCUGGGUGCCUGAGGACAAGGACAUCCCAGCCAGGGUGACUCUGAUGCAGCUGCCCUCUCGUCAGGAGAUCCGCGUGCGUAACCUCUUCAACGUGGUGGACUGCAAGCUCCACUGGCAGAGGAAUGGAGACUAUCUGUGCGUGAAAGUAGACAGGACUCCGAAAGGGACACAGGGUGUGGUCACAAACUUUGAAAUCUUCCGUAUGAGAGAGAAGCAAGUUCCUGUUGAUGUGGUGGAGAUGAAAGAGAGCAUCAUCGCGUUUGCAUGGGAGCCCAACGGCAGCAAGUUUGCAGUUUUGCACGGCGAGUCUCCCAGGAUCAACGCCUCCUUCUACCACGUCAAAAACAACGGCAAGAUCGAUAUCAUAAAGAUGUUUGACAAGCAGCAGGCUAACAGCAUCUUCUGGAGUCCGCAAGGACAGUUCUUGGUUCUGGCUGGACUCAGGAGUAUGAAUGGCGCGCUUGCCUUUGUGGAUACGUCCGACUGCACUUUGAUGAACAUAGCAGAGCACUACAUGGCCUCCGAUGUGGAGUGGGACCCCACUGGACGCUAUGUGGUCACCUCAGUCUCCUGGUGGAGCCACAAGGUGGACAACGCUUAUUGGCUGUGGACAUUCCAGGGUCGCCUUCUUCAGAAGAACAACAAGGACCGCUUCUGCCAACUGCUUUGGAGACCCCGACCCCCGAGCCUGCUCGGUGCAGACCAGAUCAAGUCGAUCAAGAAGGAUCUGAAGAAAUACUCCAAGAUCUUUGAGCAGAAGGAUCGUCUGAGCCAGUCCAAGGCUUCCAAGGAACUGGUGGACAAGCGCAGGGCCAUGAUGGACGAGUACCGUCACUACAGGGAUCAGGCCCUGCAGCUCUAUCAGGAGCAGAAAGAGGCCCGCAUGGAGCUCCGAGGAGGAGUGGACACUGAUGAGCCGGACAGCAACGUGGAUGACUGGGAGGAGGAGACCAUUGAAUUUUUUAUCAACGAAGAAAUCAUUCCCAUCGGAGAUCUGUAGUCCGCUACGCAGUCCAUCCAUUUUUGUGUGGAAGAGGCAAAGCAGCAUCAUUGACUGGAGAAGGACGACGACCACACAGUGAAUUUUGGGGUUCAACGUCACAAGCCUCACCAUUCACACCUCUAGUGACAUCAUCAGAGCUGGCCUGGCUGAUCAAGGGCCACAUUGAGGGACUCAUCAUCCGCCUCCCUUUUCUUGCCCUUGUGGAACUUGAUAUUUACUAAUAGCACCUCCUGUUUUCCAAUCGGAGCCGAGAGUGGUUCCGGAAUUGGCCUCUGUCAUCAUGCUGGCGUGUUGUUGGUGUGCGGAGCAGAGUGCCAUAGCAGCGGGGUGCGGAGGUGUUAAACAUGUAGCCUUGUUAGUGAAUGUGCUGGUGUGGCACUAUAGUGGCUUGUAUCCUCCUCCUUUCAGACUCGCCUUUCACACAGGCAGGGCGUGCGCAGCGGGAAUAACUUUAAAUAAACAGUUGGACGAA